UGCAAUGCACCUAUUUCAUUUGCAAAAUUUGAUCUUUCACCCCAUUUUUCGGUUUUAUUUUAAGUUCCGUUUAUUGCAGGGGAUCGUUUGAUUGGGAAUGAACAUAUUCGCGAAAAAACCUACAGCGAGAGAUGCGCUUCGUGAGAGUAAGAAAGAUAUGGCCCAUGCCACAAGAGGUAUUGAGAAGGAGAUUGGCACGUUGCAGUUAGAAGAAAAGAAACUUCUUGUUGAGAUAAAGAAGACUGCCACAACGGGAAAUGAGGCAGCAACUAAAAUUCUUGCCCAUCAGCUUGUCAGGCUGAGGCAGCAAAUUGCCAAGUUACAAAGUAGUCGAGCUCAAAUGCGUGGUAUAGCAAUUCACUCGCAGACAAUGUAUGCCAACACUUCAGUUGCCGCUGGAAUGAAGGGUGCAAGUAAGGCUAUGGCAGCUAUGAAUAAGCAACUCACACCUGCAAAACAGAUAAAGGUGAUGCAAGAAUUCCAGAGGCAAUCCGCACAAAUGGAUAUGACGACUGAAAUGAUAUCAGAUACCAUAGAUGAUGCCUUGGACACUGAUGAGGCUGAAGAUGAAACUGAGGAGCUAACAAAUCAGGUGCUAGAUGAAAUUGGUGUUGAUGUUGCAUCACAGUUGUCAGCAGCUCCUAAAGGGAGAGUUGCAGGAAAGAAGGUUGAGGAUGUUGAGAGUUCGGGUCUGGAUGAGCUUGAAAAGAGGUUGGCAGCCCUUCGAAAUCCAUGAGCCAGAGAUUCAGUUUAUACAGUCGACAUCUCCUUGUGAUUUGAUAAAAUUCUGGCAGUCAGAUUCAGUAUAUAUUG